CCUCCCCACCCCCUCCACCUCCCAGAAGGUCACUGGGCAGGUCAGGGUCAGAGUCAGUGGCCGCCGCCCCCGGCGCCGCCGCCGCCGCCGGCGCAGGCGACGCCCGAGCAGCAGCAGCAGUUCUGGGAGCACUACAACGCCAUGUCCGCGUACAUGGCCGAGAUGAACGCCGCACUGGGCUACCCGCCCGGGUAUCAGCAGGGGUACGCGCAGGGUUACCCGCAGGGGUACCCGCAGGGAUACUACUACGGCUACGACCCGUACUGGGCAGGGGCCCCCGCCUCGUACCACAGCGACUCGGAGGACUGCUCCGGGUACUCGUCCACGGACGAGAUGACGUACUACGGAGCCCGCUUCAGGGCGCACCAGCACCAGCUGCACCCACACGACGCGUGGUACGGCUGGCCACCCUACCCGCCGCCGCCGCAGCCACCCGCCGCCACCACGCCGAGCAUCACCGUGACGACGCCCAACACCGAGGAGGAGGAAGAGCAGCCCAACAGGACGACCCUAGCGGACGUUGAGGAGGACAGCGACGAGGACGACUCGGACACGGACACCGAGGUGGAGGACCGCGUCGACGCCUCUCCGCUGAGGGCCGGCCGCUCCGUGCCCAACGUGCACGUCUACAGCGACAGCGGCGACGCGGGCAACGAGGAGUCCAGCGACCAGGACAAUGAUGACGAUGACGACGAGGAUGACGACGAGUACGACGGCGAGGACGACGUGGUGGUGCCUCCGUCAGCAGACGCGUACCCCCACCAGCUCAGCGUGAUCCCGGAGGAGAGCGACGUGAGCGACGCGGAAAGCGUGCGCAGGCGACAGGAGAGCGAGCACUCCACGGCCACGGCGGUGAGCGGAGACGACUCGGAGGACGACGACGGCGGGGAGUCCACGACGGUCACGGUGCGGCUGCCGCUCAAGCUGCAUUUCACGAGGUCCGCCAACGACGAGGAGGUCACGACUGUCAUCGUCGGGGAGGUCCGCCGGUCUUCGACGAGCUCCAACGAAUCUUCGCCGAGGUCCGAGAAGUCCAGGCCGACCUUCCCGGCGGUUGUCCCGCCAUCGGAGCCUAGUGGGGACGUGGCCGCGCCCGUGACCGCCAGGCAGGACGACGCCGUCAGCCCACCGGCCUCGUCGUCCGCGAGCAGCACGCCGUCGGACGUCAGCGUCUGCUUCCCCUUCCGGAGCCGCCGGCCGUCCAGCACCUCGGCCUGGAUGUCGGAGGAGGACGACAGAGCGAAGAGCACCGAGGAGAGCGACUGCCACUGGGAGGACGACUCGAGCAGCACGAGCGUGCAGACGGUGCGGGGCGGGCCGGCGGCCAGGGGCGAGGCCCACAGCGGCAGCGAGGUCAGCGACUGCCACUGGGAGGACGACGCGAGCGGCGCCAGGACGGUCCGCGCGUCGGCGGGUGUCGACGAGCGCGACAAUGAGGACGCCGAUGAGGACGACGGUAUCGCUCAGGGCAACGGCGAGGAAAUGAUCGCCGCCGCGGAAGACGUCGAGGAAGACUUCGAGUGGGGCGAGGACGGCACGAUACAGACGGUGAAGACCCGCCGGCAGCCCAGCGAAGAGGAAGAAGAAGAGCGGAGAGAAGAACACACUCGAGAGCCCAGCACGGAAAGGCUUCAUCCUGCAAAGGCCGACUCUUCCAUGCAGGAUAGUGACGAAGACGACGACAUCAGUUCGUCCAGCUCGAGUAGUAGCAGCAGUAGCAGCAGCAGUAGUAGCACCAGCAGCAGCACCAGCAGCAGUGGCAGCAGCGUGAGCAGGAGCGGCAGGAGCAGCAGGACCAGCAAGAGCUCCCGCAGCGCCGCCAGCGGCCGGGGCAGCCGACUGGAGGAAGAGGCGGCCGAGGUCGCGGUCGAGGUCGCCGCAGAGGAGAGCGCGGAGGAGGCGGAGGACGCCGAAGACACGGACGCCGAGGAGCUCGAGAGCGACUCUCGACCGGAGGAAGUGGAGCGCUGCGUGCGCGGGCUCAUCGCCAACCUGAGCGCCGAGCACCCCGCCGGCCACCUGCUCCUGCAGCCGCCCAAGGCCACCGCCAGGCAGGACGAGGACGCCGCCGACGACAAGACGGAGCACAGCGAGGAGGAGGACGACUCUGGCGUCACGUCCGACAUGAGCAGGCACAUCUCGGAGGCGGAGAACGACGACACGGCAACGGACAACACGACGGCGAGCACGCCCAGGACGCCGAGGAAAAUCAGCAAGUACCAGCGCGCACAGACACAUUCCCGACUCUUCAGGCUCCUCCAGGACGAGAGCCUCAGCGGCCCCGCCCCCGCGGCCGCGGCGCCCGAGCUGCCUGCUUCCCAGCUCGAAGUUGUGGGCAGCCUCGCCGGCCGCAAGGAGUGCCUCACCCUGCCGCUGCGCCCUUGCGGCCCCGCCCUCAGCGACCCCGACAGCCUGUCAUCCUCGUCCGGGAUCACGUCGCCGUCGUCGCCCACCGUCACCGACCGCCUGGUGCGCGAGCUCGUGCAGACGCUGCUGCAGCGCAAGAAGGGCCGCCGCCUGCGCAAGGUGCCCAUGGCCAAGCUGCAGGCGGCCGCGUUGCGCAUCCUGCAGGAGGACAUGGACCCCUACGACACCUCCACGUCGGAGGAGGGCUGCGUCCUGCGCGCGCCCGCCCGGGCGCCCCUGAGGGUGCCUCCCGUCGAGCAGCACGGCGUCUACGGCGACAACCUCUCCGAGUACACGAGCUACUACGAGACCUGGGGCUCGUACGGCGGCGACGCGCACCCGGACAUGGCCGACUACGACAUCAUGCCCUCCAGGGCCUUCAAGCUCUUCGACCAGCACGCGCGCCCGUCGGGCUUCAGCAUGGGCGUGAUCGAGGGCCUCCGCGCCAAGUGCCCGCGCGUCAAGAGCGGCCGCGACCUCCACAGAAGCCUGGCCGGCCAGCCCGACGGCGGCGGCGUCGUCGCCGAGGGCGACACGGCGGACUCUGACGCGGGCAGCCCCGACGACCCCGACCCCCCCACCACCCCCCACACCCUCUCCUCCUGCACCGUGGCCUCAUUUCGAGAGGACAACUGAUCUGAUGAGAUGACAGUCGUGAGGGAAUCCUUCCAAUCGGGAAAUUUUGAGGGCCUUAAGUCCUAAGCGAAGUCACAUAGAAAGACCCGGCCGACACUUCAGACUUGUAAGCGGAUAAAAUAACUACUAAAGAUUUGAGUAAGUUUUGUGAAUUGAUCAGACUAAACAGAAGAACCUAUAUAAAUACUCUGAUUUGAUAUUUUUACUAUAGUAGAAAGAAAUCAUUGCUGUCUCCAAAAUACAAAUUGUCCAAAAACAUCUCAAUUAUUUGUUGUACAUGUAGGACAGCUUAGACAAACACACUUUGAAUUAGCAUGCAUACACUGCAAUAGUUUUUAUGUGACUGCA